GGAGCAUCACCUUCCCGGCACCGGGCAUCAAGUCGAACUUUCUGAUGCCGAUGGCCGGCAGUGGACCGGUGGCAUCGGAACCGAUCGAUUCACCGCUCGAUUCACUCGUUGAUAAUGUUGUUGGUGGGGCCGGAACCGGACAUCAUCUGCACCUACAACAGUACCGCGAGGAGCACCAGCAGCAGCGGACGGUUGGAAGCGUGGAAAACAGCAAACCGAAGGUGCGCCACGUGCGCCUCAAGGCGACCGCGGUAGCGGCGGCCGUAAACACCGAGCUGAUCAACCAGCUACAGGCGAUCGAUUCCGAUUCGGAGUUUAGCGACGAGUCGGGCUAUGUGGAGUUCCAGGACAACCAACCGUCAAUCAAGUCGGUGACGGCCUGAUGUUGCACCCCGAACGAUCCGACAUCCGACCGUUAAUCGUUCUUUCCUUAAACGCUCCCCUCCCAUUCUCUCCCUUGUUAGCUUUACAUCGGUGGAUCCGCUGGGAUGAUGAUUACUACUUUUACUUGCGCUACACCUAAGUCCUGCUUACUAUGGUCUAAUGUAUGAUUACGUUAAGUAGAAUGUUACACCACCCCCGGGGGAGUGGGGCUAUAGGAUUUACGUGUGUAUUGGCAACCGAGUUUUUGAUGCAUUGUUGUUGUGCAGUGACGACCCUUUGUGCUUAAUGAGGAAUGGAAGAUGAAGAAUCGGCCCCCCUUACCAACGUUACCUGCUGAUGGCUUCUUUCCCGUUGGUUACUAGAGUUUAGAAGAAGCUAUCGUUUUUCGAACACACCCACCGCACCUGAUCGCACCUGAUCGUAGAUGUUGCUCCUCAGCUUCCGUUAGGGUGAGAGUCGAAGGACGAUAGCAUUGGAUACCAAAUAAAUUAUUUGUAAUCAUUAUGACGAACCCCAAACCGUGCCGUGGUAGAGCCGUGAGGCCGUCGUUGGGUAGUCGGUUAAUUGUUUUCUCUGUAUUUUUUUUUUUUUGCUCGGUGUUUGCGCCACAGUUUAUCGCGCAACCGUUAAAGCGCUGCUGGUACCGGAUUAUUGCACCAACAAAUCUCAACCAACAUGGUGACCACAUUCAAAUGGAACUGCGGUCUGUUAGGUUACUGUAAUCUCGUACACGUACAACCACCUUUGCCGCCUGAUGGAGCCCAGCAGUGAAGGCCCACAGCGUGCAACCACCCACUCUGCUUUACAUGCAUUACACAACAUGGGAACAAGGGAACAGUAUAGUUAGCCCCUAGCGUUUUAAGGUACUUCAUAUGCUAAAGCUAAGUGCGAGGUGAAGAUGAGAAAAGGUGCAACGGUUGAUAGCCGUUCGACCAGAGGAUAUUAUUAGGCAACCCAGGGAAACGCUACCGGAUGUCCCCGACGUUCGUCAUGAUCCAGUGGUGGAGGAGAUCGGGCGUGAACAGAUGCUGGGAGGGAUGUUAUUGAUGUUGACGAGGAUUGUUUUUUGUUUGUUGGGGUACACGAGAGGGGGAGAGAGAGAGAGUAUAUUUAUUGAGACCCAUGUUCAAACACGCGACCGUUCGACUUGUACUAUCUUCGUGAACCGUUUCUAUGAAAAAGGAACCCUUUCAUGGCAACACGUGCUGUUCUUGAAUAAACGUUAAUAAGAGCA